CCGUCCAGUACUAAUGAUACCGUCGUUUGUUCAUCUGUGGCAACCAGGGCCAGACGUCUGUCAGGUCGGGAGGACAAGGGCAAGAGAGAAGUGACAGAGAAGCAGCAGCAGCAGCAGUAGUCAGGGAACUACCCCGUCCUCAGCUUUACACUUAAUUACCAACGGCCCCAAGGAUAACUCGAGUUUUUCAGGGAGCUGAAAGUAACGGCACGAUGAUGAUGACCCAGGUGGAGACCACGGUGCGCUACGACAACGGCUACGAGGAGCAGUACAUGAUGCAGGAGGAUGAGUGGGACAGGGACAUGCUGCUGGACCCUGCGUGGGAACAACAGCAGAGGAAAACCUUCACAGCCUGGUGUAACUCCCACUUGAGGAAAGCUGGUACUCAGAUUGAAAACAUUGAAGAGGACUUCAGGAAUGGACUAAAACUCAUGCUGCUGCUGGAAGUUAUCUCAGGAGAGAGGUUACCCAAGCCAGACAGAGGGAAGAUGCGGUUUCACAAGAUCGCUAACGUCAACAAAGCGUUGGAAUUCAUCACAAGUAAAGGAGUGAAACUGGUGUCCAUUGGGGCUGAAGAGAUUGUGGAUGGGAAUGUAAAGAUGACCCUUGGAAUGAUUUGGACUAUCAUCCUCCGCUUUGCCAUUCAGGACAUAUCUGUGGAAGAAACAUCUGCCAAGGAAGGUCUCCUCCUGUGGUGUCAAAGAAAGACUGCGCCCUAUAGGAAUGUGAAUGUCCAAAACUUCCAUGUCAGCUGGAAGGAUGGCCUGGCCUUCUGCGCCCUGAUUCAUAGACACAGACCCGACCUCCUCGACUACUCUAAGCUCAACAAGGAUGAUCCUCUGGGGAACCUGAACCUGGCUUUUGACAUAGCCGAGAAACACCUGGACAUUCCCAAAAUGCUGGACGCAGAAGAUAUCAUCAACACCCCCAAACCCGACGAGAGAGCUAUCAUGACCUACGUGUCCUGCUUCUACCAUGCGUUUGCUGGAGCCGAGCAGGCGGAGACGGCUGCAAACAGGAUCUGUAAGGUGCUCGGUGUAAACCAAGAGAAUGAGAAACUGAUGGAGGAGUAUGAGAGGCUGGCCAGUGAGCUGCUGGAGUGGAUCCGUCGCACCACUCCCUGGCUGGAAAAUCGAACCCCAGAGAAGACCAUGGCAGAGAUGCAGCGGAAGCUGGAGGACUUCAGAGACUACAGACGCCAGCACAAGCCCCCCAAGGUGCAGGAGAAGUGCCAGCUGGAAAUUAACUUCAACACCCUGCAGACCAAGUUGCGCAUCAGCAAUCGCCCUGCCUUUAUGCCCUCUGAGGGGAAGAUGGUAUCUGACAUAGCCAGUGCAUGGCAGGGCCUGGAGCAGGCAGAGAAAGGCUACGAGGAGUGGCUUCUUACAGAGAUCCGCAGGCUCGAGAGGCUGGACCACCUGGCAGAAAAGUUUCGCCAAAAAGCCACCAAUCAUGAGAACUGGGCCAGUGGUAAAGAACUGAUUCUCUCCCAGAAGGACUACGAAACGGCAACCCUGACAGAAAUCAGAGCAUUGCUUCGAAAACACGAGGCCUUCGAGAGUGACUUGGCAGCCCACCAGGACAGAGUGGAGCAGAUUGCUGCCAUUGCUCAGGAACUAAAUGAGCUUGACUACCAUGACGUUGCUGCUGUAAACCAACGCUGUCAGAGCAUCUGUGACUUGUGGGACAAGCUGGGAACCCUGACUCAGAAGAGGAGAGAAUCACUGGAGCGCACAGAUAAGUUGCUGGAGACUAUUGAUCAGUUGUUCCUGGAGUUUGCCAAGAGGUCAGCCCCUUUCAACAACUGGAUGGAAGGAGCCAUGGAGGAUCUGCAGGACAUGUUCAUAGUCCAUACGAUUGAAGAGGUCCAGAGUCUAAUCGCAGCUCAUGAGCAGUUCAAAGCCACUCUACCCGAGGCGGAUGCAGAGAGACAGGCCAUCUUGGGAAUCCACAAUGAGGUGCUGAAAAUUUCCCAGAGCUACGGGAUCAAGGCCAACAUCGUCAACCCUUACAGCACCAUCACAACUGAGGAGCUUCUCAACAAGUGGGAAAAGGUGAAGAAGCUGGUUCCUCAGAGAGACGGUUCCCUCCAGGAGGAGAUGGCACGCCAGCAUGCCAAUGAAAGGCUGAGACGGCAGUUUGCUGCCCAGGCUAAUCUCAUUGGACCCUGGAUACAGACCAGGAUGGAGGAAAUUGGGCGCUGCUCCCUGGAGAUAGGAGGGACCUUGGAGGACCAGAUGACGCAGCUGAAGCAAUGUGAACACGUCAUUGUUGCUUACAAACCCAACAUUGACAAAUUGGAGGGAGACCACCAGCUAAUCCAAGAGUCGCUUGUGUUUGAUAACAAACAUACCAACUACACUAUGGAGCACAUCCGUGUUGGGUGGGAACUGCUCCUCACAACCAUCGCCCGAACCAUCAAUGAAAUAGAGACCCAGAUCCUGACCCGAGACGCCAAGGGCAUCAGCCAGCAGCAGAUGAAUGAGUUCAGAUCCUCUUUUAACCACUUUGACAGGAAGAAGAAUGGAGCAAUGGAAACGGAUGACUUCAGAGCCUGCCUUAUCUCAAUGGGUUAUGACUUGGGAGAGGUGGAGUUUGCCCGUAUUAUGAUUCUGGUGGAUCCCAAUGGCACUGGGAUUGUCUCCUUCCAGUCUUUCAUUGACUUUAUGACCAGAGAGACUGCUGAUACAGAUACUGCUGAGCAGGUUGUGGCAUCCUUCCGGAUCCUGGCAGCUGAUAAGCCCUACAUACUUGUGGAUGAGCUGAGGAGAGAACUUCCCCCUGAGCAAGCAGAGUAUUGCAUCAUGAGGAUGCCACCUUACGCCGGCCCUGGAGCACCACCAGGGGCACUAGACUACGCUGCCUUCUCCACUGCCCUCUACGGAGAGAGUGACCUUUAACCUGACCAGAACACCUUUUAAAUCUACUGCCCGUUUACCUGUCCCUACCCUGCCCUCUAUCGAUUCAUGAAAUUAAGGAAUCAACAAUGCAAGGUGGAUCAAAUAUGUUGAAUUAAAUGAAAGUUUUUAUUGAUUAGUUUUCUGACACAGUAGUCUGUCUGCAAUUAUGCCGAGCAUUGUCAUGUUACUUGGUAUUCUUCCUGUGUCCUCUUGGGUAAAAGAUGCCUCCUAAAGAAAUAGAAGCUGCCCUGAUCAAAUUAUAUAGAGAAACAAUGCAAUUUACUGUAUAACUUGUGUGUAAUGGUAUUUGAGCAGACAGUGUGAUUCUACAAUUAAAGUAAAAGGAAGAGACAAAAUACAUAUUACCUGAUAAUACACCAAUGGAGAACUUGUAUUUCAGUAGUUUAUCAAUUGAAGAUAACAGUCCUAUUUUGUUUAGAGUGUUGCGUAUUGUUUUCCAUAUUUCCUCACAAUGCCUUUUGUUUUGGGAAUAAAAUGUUCUGAUAAGGCAUUUUGAGAUGGUUACAGUUUGCAAAAGCAAUUUCAGACCUACUGCCAUCCAUCAAUAAACAGUGGGUUCCCAAAAGGCCAAAAAUAUGCAGCACCAGCAGUGAAAAAAUGGAAAAAACACAUGAAUGCAAAAGUAAAUGUUUACAAUUGCUCGGUGCUUUAAAAGGUACAAAACCCAGAAGACUAAAUGUGUCGUAUUCAUGAGUAAUGCAAAAAACAUUUUCUCUGGCAGCGACAAAUAUGCUAAUGCUUACAUGUGCCUAGAAAUGCCUUAUUUGUCAGUGCCGAAAAGCAGUGCACAUGACCAUAAAAAUCAAAUGUAGCAGCAAGGUGAGCCCUCACUGAUGUCAUCGGUGGUAAAUUAACAAUAGGAGUGUAUUAGGCUGUGGUGUACAUCUAAAGCCUUUAUUUACAUUUUAUUCUCAUUUGUGUUCUGAGGUAAGCUUCAGUAGAUACAAGGGAUCUUCUUGUCUGCAUAUCUGCUUUUUUUUAAUACAUGUAGGGGAAACCACCUCUGUUAUGGUCACAUGUCUUUGAUAUGUAUGUUUGAGAACAUCUGUGCUCAUUUUGUGAACCAUAGUGUCUUUGUUUUUUAGACAUUCUAGGUACAUGUAAGCACUUUGUAGUUGUUCCUGCUUCAGGAAAUGUUAAAAACAUAUGUAUAAAUCCCAUAUUUAGUCAUGUAUGCCUUUAAUAUGUGUGCUGGCUAAAUAUGUUUACACUGUUCCCUACUUGUUGACACAUUUGAAGUCCUGUUGUUAGUGCAAUAACCGGUCCCGCCGUGCUGAUUCCUCAGUCGUCCUCAUCAUCCACCUACUUUGGCUGCAUAUUUCCUGUAACUGUACUCAUGUUCUAUGUUGUUUGAGCAUGUAAUGAAGAAACGGUAAAGAAUUUCCACACUGCCAAACACAAAAAUAUACAGUGGUGGCGAUGCUUUAACAACAAUGUGCUGCUCAUGACUCUUGAUACCAACGAUGAAGAUUACUUGGUAAAGAUUUCACCCUUGAAUUUUCUGAGAAGAGGGUCACUGGCCACUUCACACAGCCUCAACUCAGAUCACACACUAUUAUUUUCAUACUCUGUAAGAUGCAAGUAAACCCUUUACAAGACAUUUUUACUGUAAUUCCCGUUGACACACAUUUUUGGUUAAAAAGAAACUUUGAUUUGUUGUAUUUUGGUAAGAAAACGAAGGUUCUCAUUCAGUACUUACACCUUGAAAAGAUUUGCUGGCUCUGUUAUCUAAUUCAGUACUUUGGGGUAAUGGAUUAAUUAAAUAAACAGUUUGUGACUAAUUGAACCCUUUA